AUGCUAUGGCUACUAUACUUUGCAUCUUGCUGGUGUGCAUACGUUCCUGAUGUGUGUACAAGCUCUGGAACGAUAGCAUUACACUUUGUGGACGGCCCUGUUAAAGGCGUAACAGAUAGGGUUCUUAAUGCUUUAGAUGAGCUUGGGGUGAAGGCCACUUUCUCGUUUACAGUAAACCAAAAGGUAGUCGGAAAUGUGGGGCAACUGUACAGAAGAGCUCUUAAUGAAGGGCAUAGUGUGGGGCUGAGGAUAGAUCCAAGAAUGGACGAUAGCUACGGUGAUGUUUCCAGAGAUGCUUUAGAAGAGCAUAUUGAUAAGGAAAUAGACACAAUAGAUGGGCUCAGCGGGACCGAAGUAAGGUAUGCGUUCGCACCUGUAAACAACGGAGAAGUUAAUUCGGAGGUCUAUAGUGUCCUUACUGAGAGAGGUGUUCUUCCUAUAGGGUAUACCUUCUGCCCAUAUGAUUGGGAUGAUCCCAUGGGAGAGUUUGAAGGUAUGAUAGAAGGAUCUGAUCCAAAGCAUCAUUCAUACAUCAUCUUGAUGCAUGAUGGGCAGGAGGGAGACACUUCGCGCCUUGAAAGAAUGGUGAAAAUAGGAGAGGAAAAAGGCUACACGUUUGUAAAUAUGGACGAAUGCCUCAGAGGCUACAAAGGUGCUUCGGGAGAGCCCGAAAUCACCCUGAGAGGAAAGGGUGUUGAAAGCUUUUCAUCGUUUUUACCCUUUUUCAUCCUAUUAUCUCGAUUUCUCUAA